AUGACCGUAAACGCUUACGUCAAGACGAAUCGGAAACCCAUUGUAGGCGAUGGUGGCGGAGUCUUGUAUUGCGACGGGGAUGACUACGCAUACGCCAAGUACUCGCCGAAUCAGAAAGCGGAAGCUUACAACUCAUGGGAUCCCACUACCGGAAACGGACUUCUGAGUCUUGAUAUUACGCCGGUCUUUGAGCAAUGGAAACACAUGGCAAUCGUUUCAACUAACACAACAUUGCGGAUGUAUCUGAACGGCGAACUUCUUGGACAGAUCGCGAAUGUGCCGUUUUUCGGGAAGCGGGACGGGUUAUACUUGUGUCAUUGGCCAUUCUGGGGAAAUUACCACUACUAUAAAGGGUUCCUUGACGAGUUUAGAGUCUCCAAUUACGCGCGAAGCCGGAAUGAAAUCCAAGCCGACAUGCACACCACUCUGACGGGAACCAAACAGGGACUCAAAGGCUACUGGAACCUUGAUCAGUAUGCCGAUGCCAUAGCGUUCCAACAGCCUUAUUCGCAAAACCGGUAUCUCAAGGAUUCAAGUCCUUUCAAAAACGACCUUGUCCCAGGUGGAUGUGUUCCCAAUAAGCUUCCUUAUUGCCCACUGGGUGCCGGGCAAUGCACAGCGACAGAAGUGCCUCAGGCAGAUUGCUGGGACAAGGAUGGGAGCACACAGAAAGCCGCGGCACUACCGGCGCUGUACCUGCCCAAUGCUCCCGUCGGAGGGUAUUUGGCCCCACUUCUGGUAGAGCCAGGCAUCAACACUACCGUGUCCCUAACGGCUUUCGAUCCUGAUGGUGACGUCCUGACGAUCAAAAUUGUCACUGUUCCGGAACGAGGCGCAUUCUACACGAGUAGCGGCAAGGCUGUAGCUGCUGGGGAUGAAUUUCUUGCGGGCACUGAGCUUACCUUUUACAAUCCCAACGAGUAUGAAGGCGGGAAGCCGGCAUCACAAAUUACUUAUCUCGUUUCCGACGGAUUGGACACGGCAUCCAAGCAAGCUACCGUGCCUAUACACGUCAAAUGUCCUCCUGGAACUUUCUUGAACCUUGAAACAAACCAUUGCGAAGACUGUCCACACGGCCAGUAUAUGCUAGGCAGCGGAUUCCAGAAUCAGUGUGUGCGCUACUCGAACUUUGUCUGGAAGUCUGGCCUCGGCGGAGUGGUCGCCGCUAUCAAAACGGUGGCAUUGGCAUACGUGUGUGUCUUGGCCAUAGCGGUCAUCAUAUACAGAAAGAGCAAUAUAAUUCGGGCCGCCAGCCCUGGGUUCUCUUUUCAAAUUAUCUUCGGAAGCAUUCUUGGACUGUUGGACGUAUACACCUACAUCGACAUUCCGAAUGCCACUACCUGCAUUCUGCAGCCUUUGUUCGUUGCUGUUGGGUUCACAAUCGCGAUCGGGAGCCUCGUGAUUAAGACGCUACGUGUUCACAUCUUAUUCAACUUUCCUUUCACCGCCAAGCGGUUUCGCUGGGCCCUGCGAGACAGGUUCCUCUUCGCAGUCUCUGGAGCAGCAGUCGCAGUUGAUUGGAUCAUUUUGAUAGCCUGGUUCGCACAGGACAAACCUCGGCCGCAACUGCUAACGGAUGUUGGCGGUUCAUUGUAUUGGGGUUGCACUUCGAAUGAUUCUUCUACUGCUCAAGCUUUCUCGACAACUCUGAUUGUGUACAACAGUCUUUGGUUGCUUCUCGGCAUUUAUUCCGCGGUUCAAGUGCGCAAUGUGAAAUCGGCCUUCAACGAAUCUCAGCAUAUCAUUAGCUGCAUCUACACCCUUAUGCUGGUUUCAGUCAUCCUUCUACCGAUGAACUACGCAGUCGAGCUGUUUGGAUUUCAAGUCCGCAGCCUCUUCGUUGCAUUCCUGCUCAUUUUGGGCUCCGUCUUCGUAUCCACCCAGCUUUUCAUCCCGAAGCUCAUCGCUAUCAGGGCUUUGGAAACGCGCGACAAUAAAGAAGAUGCCGAUUCAGGGACACAAUCCAGGAAUAGGAGCCCAUCCCAUAAACCUUCAGCCAACGAUUUGGAGGACAGCAACCAAACAAACUCCUUUGGCGUUGAAAGCAUUUCGCACGAGCAGCAAAUGGAGAAAUGCAUGUGUUUAUCGUAUCGACAAAGCACGUCAAAUUACUAUGUGUAUCAGCGAAACAGUGUGAAAACAGUCAACGAUACCACCAUCUCUCUUGCCACGCAAGAUGGUGAGCAUAUCAAACUCAGAUUUGGAGACAAAGAGCACAAAGAUGCUUGGAUGACCGCCUUGAAGGCCGGUGCAAAGGCGAUCGGCCCUAUAUCUACCGUAGCGGCGACAGCCAGUCUCCAGCCGUAG